AUGAGCGACUCCACAGAGCACCAUGAAAUUACCAAGUUGGUUCAGCAGCACGGAGCAGUGCCUCCGCCCUGGUUCAUGUUUCCAAACGUCCAUCCAUACGACAUAUGCUGGCGCAUGGGUGAUGGAGAAUCUUACAUAAUGCUCUAUACCACUUGGUGGGAACAAGAAAAAGAACAACUCGACGAAAAAAAGCGAAUUGAGUAUUUCCGCAAAUGGCCGCCUCCGCCAGAGUGGCUUACUUGGAUGAUAGAGGCAAUCUGGGAUCUUGACCCUCAGGACUAUGAGGAUGAAGAUAAUUACAAGCCAUACUUUAGGCGAACCGAAGCGCUUGGUUUUGGAUCUGAGGAUGAUUACAAGAACGCUAUGCGGGAUGCCGUAGAGGAAAUGGAAUAG